CCGGGUGCCGCGCGGCCGGCGGCAGCAUGAAAAAGAACCAGACGGUGCAGGGCACCUUCAGCAAACUCUUCGGCAAGAAGCACGCCAACCCCCCCAGUACCUCCCUCUACGCCACCAACCCCCCCUGGAUCUUCACCCAGGAGGCCCCGGAGGAGGGGAGCCGGGACUUCGGUGCUAUCUAUUAUGGAGACAAUCGGUUUGACUCUGUGAGUGAGUCAGGAACAGCCACACUGAAAGCUCGGCCAAGAGUCCGGCCCCUCCUGACCUUCCUUCCGCUGAAUGCCCAGGAAAACCAUGGACUGGCUGUGCCCACCCCCUCUGUCCCAGGAGAAUUUGCGGACAAAGAAGUGACAGGUACCAGCUCACUAAUCAAUGGCAACCUCCGACUGUACAGCUCUGUGGGUGACCUGAGGCCUGGGCACUAUGGGCAGGACCCACUCAUUCCCCCACCUCCCCCAGGCCCAGCCCCAGGGCCACCCACAGACGCUUCGCAACCUCAAGAGGGGUCCCCCCCCCCCCCACCUUCCAUGGCGCCCCCGCCACCUCCCCUGCUACUGGAACCCCCACCCCCACCCAGCACGGCCCCACCCCCGCCCCCAGUAUUGGGGGCCCCAGCCCCUCUCUCCACCCUUUCCUCCCCAUCCACACCCACCCCUCCGGACUUCAUUCCUCCUGCUCCACCCUUGGCCUCUCUGGUCCCACCCCCAGCCCCACCCCCUCUGCCAGCCCCAGCACCCCCAGCAUCUCCUCACACGACAGGGACUCGCCUCUUUGCUCCUGGGGGUGUCACCAAGUGGAAAUCGGAGGUAGCGCUGAAUGGAAGGCAGCCAGAGACCCCCAGAACCAGCCCCCCCCAGAGCCCAGCUGAGCCAAAGGGGAGCCUUCUGGGGCCCAAGCCAGACCCCCACCUUACUUUCCCACGCUCAUUCAAGGUGCCUCCCCCAACCCCAGUCAGGACUUCAUCCAUCCCAGCUCAGGAAGCACAGGCGACUCCUGUAGAGGAAGGGGCCACCAAGAAAGCCCCCCACCGACUCCCACUGCCUCCCAGCUUCCACAUCCGCCCCGCGUCCCAGGUCUACGCAGACCGGGCCCCUGAGCCAGACCACUCAGGGGAGCUCAGGACUACAGCACCGGCCAGCCCCGGCCUGGGCCAGGGCCAGUCCUGGACUAAGGAACAGGCUGAGACUCUGCCACCAGCCCCUCCCCUGCCCUCUCCCGCACCCCCGCAACCUCCCCCUGCACCACCACUUCCCCCAGCUGCCCCUCCUUUACCUUCCGCUGAGAAGGCGGUGCCUCAGCCUUCCGGGUUUGGGAAAAGCCGCCCAUCCAGCUCCCCUGCUCCCAAACCCAAACCGAACCCCCCCAGCCCAGAGGACGCAGCCUCUUCAGCACCUGUGGACUGGAGGGACCCCAGCCAGAUGGAAAAGCUGCGGAGUGAGCUGGCAGCCUAUCUCUGUGGCUCUAAGAGGGAGGACCGAGUCCUCAGUCACUGGGCUGGCCCCAUGGUGGUGGCCUCCCAGGAAAAGGAGGGCAAGAAGGGCCCCAGCCCACCGGAGAAGGAGGUCCUCCCGAGCAUCCCUGAGAAGAGUCCCUGCAGCCUGCCUGACAAGGGGGCUGCCACCAGCCUCACCCUCCCUCCUGUGGACUACAUCCCCCAAGAGUCCCCUGCUCCCAGCGUCCGGCAGAUCCGCAACGAGCUGGAGGCCCGCUUUUCCUCCUCAGCGGAGAAGGAAGCCAAGCCCUGCAUAGGGUCUCUGCCUCCCAAGCCUCAACUAGAAGGGGGAAGAAGCUUUGAAAACAGGGGGACUAAUGGCAACUUCUCUAAGCCCGAGGCCAAGAAUCUCCCCUCUCUAUCCACCACCCCUCUGACAACCAUACCACUUCAGUCCAAGGCCACGCCUGGGCCAGCCACACCACCCAAGGCCACGCCUGGGCCAGCCACACCACCCAAGGCCACGCCUGGGCCAGCCCUACCACCCAAGCCCGGGCCCGGGCCUGCCAUACCAUCUGCAGCCCCACCUGUGCCCACCACAUCUCCCCAGCCGACAGAGAACCUUGUCCCAGCUGGGCAGUGGGAGAAGCCCAGACCUCAAGAACUUACAGUGCCCGGCCAGCUAGAGGCAGAAGGGCGCCCCACAGAGCCCAGUAAGCCUCUUACCCCAGGAGCCCUCUCAGCUCCAGCCUUCCCACCAAAGAGAUCCCCUGGCGGGGAAGAGGUGACAUUCCUCUACAAGCUCCAUCGCACCCAGAAAAGCCCUAGCCAUGAGGUUGCCGUGGGGAUGGCACCACUGGCCACAGGUUCAGCACACAGGUCAGGGGGACCUGAGGAGGAGAAGGAGCCCCAGGGACAGCCAGCCAAGCCCCCCACCUCGGCCCAGCCUGCCAACGAACUCCUCAGGCAUCCGGUGACCGGGGAGAUGGUGCAGCCAGGCUCCCCAAUGGCUCUGCUCCUUGCCGCCAGGCAGAGGGCCCAGAAGGGGAGGCCGGGAGGGCUGGCCCUGAGCCGGUCCUCCCUGCCCGGGAGCCUCCGGGGCCACAGCAGCCAGCCCCAAGCAGGCUCUGACAGCAUCUUCCACAACGACGGCCGGCCCAACUCCUUCACUGUGGUCCCCAAGUUGCCCAAGGAGGCUGAGAAUGACACUCAGCUGGCCUCACUGUCACAGCCCAUCAUACUUAGUCAGUGGAAUCCCCAGCUCUGCGGAGACCCGGAGGGCACGGCGCCAAGCCUGAGGGACAACGGGACAAAGGCAGAGCCCCACGCCCCGGUGGCCUCGGUGGCCUCGGAAAGACCAGCAUCCUCCAACCUCCCCCAGGGCCGCGUGCUGCCCAAAUCCUUCUCCUCCCCUCCUUCCCCUUCCUGCAAGGACAACAAAGACAAAGACGAUGAGGUGGGGGAGUUCCACUUUGAGGUCAUCCCGCCGCCGCCAGAGUUCAGCAACGACCCCGAGCCCCCCGCCCCGGCCUUUCAGUAUUUGGGGCGCCGGGGAUCCCCUCCCCGGAACAACUUCUCAAACUUGGGGCAGCCCUCGGGGCCUCGCAGCUUCUCCCGCAUUCCGGCCGGCGGGCACCACGCCGGGGCUGGGGGCCUGGAGCGCUUCUCGGGCGGGGGCCGGUCGCUCAUCAAGAAGCGCCUGUAUGUCGGGGAGCCCCACCGCAGCCCAGGGCAGCCUCGCGGCGGCACCGGCCGCAGCCUCAGCUCCCCAAACUGCUUCGGGCCGCCACCAGGAGGCCCGGAAAUGCGGCGCGUCAACUCGGCGGGCCGCGCGCUCCCUGGAGGCCUGCAUGCGCGAAGGCUGUCCAUGGAGGGCGCAGCCCGCGGGGAGGCCAAGUUCAAGGCGCCCGGAGGCGACUACGGCUUCACCCCUGUGGCCGGCAGGUCUCCCCACAGCACCCACCACUACGGAAGCCCCAUCAACACAUUCACUGUGAGGCCUGGGACCCGCCAUCCCAUCUCCUAUGCCUACUCCGGGAACCACCGGCAAGCCCCGUCCUGAGCCCCAGGUGUUCUCAGCUCUACUCCGAGGGGCCAGAUCUGGGCACUUGUUUUUGUGGGGGUGGGAGGGGUAUGGCGGGCG